AAAAUACUAUGGCUUAGUUGUUGUUCUUAACUUCCAAAAUGUGAAGAUUUGACGACAUUACAACAAAUUUUCUCUUUUUACUGUUCAUCAAAAAUGAUAACAAUCAACAGGUGUAUCAAUGUUUCUAAUCCAGACAUAUUUUCAAACACAGCUUAUGAACUGUGCAGCUGCCAUGUUAUACCACAAGAUGGCAGCAGGCGGCGGAACUGCGUGUGAGCUGCCCUGGGCGUCAGGUGAAGAAGUCAGCAUUGCAUUCAGUACGCUGCUGCCUCUCAGCGUACAUAGCAGCAGCCAGUGGACAAGUCCGCUUGGGACAUUACCCCCUUUUUCCCCCACACGUACCGUGUGUUUCUUAAUGUUACAGCAAUAGUCAUUUUUUGGGGGGGAUUUUUCAAAAGGACUACUUGAGGAGAACCAGAGAAGAACCCAGGAGGACUCGAGAGAACACAGCGAUUGGUCCGACGAUCCCUUCGGUUCACCUCCACUCUCGCUUGUUGUUAGCCGCCUGCCCAGGGUUGUUUUCCUCGGGUCCGGGGAAACAUGAGCUUCCUCUUUGGAAACCGUUCAUCCAAGACGUUCAAGCCCAAGAAGAAUAUCCCGGAGGGUUCUCAUCAGUACGAGCUGUUGAAACAUGCAGAGGCUACACUGGGAAGUGGAAACCUGCGGAUGGCAGUCAUGUUGCCUGAGGGUGAAGACUUGAAUGAAUGGGUCGCAGUCAACACUGUGGAUUUCUUCAACCAGAUCAACAUGCUGUAUGGCACCAUCACAGAUUUUUGCACAGAGGAGAGCUGUCCAGUCAUGUCUGCUGGUCCUAAGUACGAGUACCACUGGGCUGAUGGAACUAACAUCAAGAAGCCCAUCAAAUGCUCUGCUCCCAAGUAUAUCGAUUACCUCAUGACCUGGGUGCAAGACCAGCUCGAUGAUGAGACACUUUUUCCUUCAAAGAUCGGUGUCCCCUUCAAGCGCAACUUUAUGUCGGUGGCAAAGACCAUUCUGAAGCGCCUGUUCAGAGUCUACGCCCACAUCUAUCACCAGCACUUUGACUCUGUCAUGCAGCUGCAAGAGGAGGCCCACCUCAACACAUCGUUCAAACACUUCAUCUUCUUUGUUCAGGAGUUCAACCUCAUUGACAGAAAAGAGCUGGUCCCACUACAGGAGCUGAUUGAAAAACUGACAACCAAGGAUAGAUAAACAGCUCUGUAAUCCUUAUUUUAUUGGUCUUGUUUUUGCACAGAUACCCACCCCACCCUGGCUGUACGUAUGCAGUAUAUAAUAUAUUCCCAUUUGGGGAAAUGUUUUUAAAAAACGCCAGGAAGAAGGAAGGGUCUCGAUAGGUUUAAAGCACCAGGACUAAUGCUAUCAGGGAUAACACUUAAUUGAACAAACCACAGAUUAACAUAUUAGAGAAAGGGGUUUUAGCUGUAUGGGGAAAAUAAUCCCCAGUGUUCAGUCAUGGCUUACAUUUAGGAUAAUUUAGGAACAUAAGUUUUCUACUAUACUGCACAGAUUUUUUUUUUUUUACCUCUUUGAUUUCUGGCAACAUGAGGCAUUUCCAUGCUCUUAAAUCCCUAAUACCAGCUCACCUGCAGGGGAGAAGGCAGUGGAGGUAAAGUUGCUCUGUCAAAUUAGAAGGGUUUUGUUGGGAGUUAUGGCCUUUUGGCCAACCUCUUAGCCAAUUCAACAGCAGUAGCUAGUUAUCAUAUCCACCGAGCUACAUCGCAGGGGCUCGGUUGUGAUUUGCGACUGUUCGCAUCUGCACCAGCCCACAUCUGUCAAUACAAAAGAAUCCUAAGUGCCUAGCAUGGCUCGCAAUUGCCCUAUAUCAACAGUGAGAGCUGUGAGAAGAUAAAGGCCAUAUAACACUGACACACUGGACAGCAGCAUUCAAUUUUCCCACUCAACCUUCCGCUUUAAGUUUCUCUGGUCCCGAACUCCCUCUUUAGCCGCUUUUUCUUCUAUUUGUACUGCAACGCAGUUCCAAAAGCGUUUCUCGUUAAAACCACCUCCUCACCGGACAUGUCCUUAGUUAGUCCCAGCGUCUCUUUACUAAUGUAUUGGUCAGGCUAUGAUAAACGAAUGUUCUGGAGGACGUAUAGGUGAGGCUAGAAUAUGGACAUGUCGUAGUGGGGACUGAAAGAGAACUGAACUUUUAGCGUUUUCUAGUAACGUGUGUCUGUGCACUAGUUUCCCCUAAAACUAAGUAGAACACACGUUUGAGGAAAGGUCUGCAAGGGAUGUAAAACCUCAAAGUGUAUAUUAAGGUCAGUGAGUAGAAGUACAUAAUUGUGUCGCGACCUCCCCUGUUGAAAAUGAACAGCCUUCUGAAUUGGAUUUGGGGCAUCCCUCGUUAUAUCGCUGGCCAUAAAGCACUUUUGUCCUGAUCUCUCUUGCCUGAAUGUUUGUUCCGCAUAGACUGUGCUCUUGUGAGAAGCUGUGUCAUGUGUCUGGUCUUAUUCACUCCCCUCUCAUAUUUACCCCCCAAUGAAUGUUGUACUGCUUCUCCUCCGACGGAGUCAGCUGUAAGGCACAAGGGAGAUCUCUUCGGCUCUUGUACGGCUGGACUUGUUCUGCUGCUGUGCCUCAGGCAGUGGAUGCAUGUCCCCUUCCCCGAAUCUCAAAGUGCAUUUACUAUGCAAUAAUUGACACAACGCUAAAAAGGGUUACACCGGUUGGCCCAUUCCUACUUUAUAUCCAAUGAUCGUUUUACUUUUGUAGUGCUCAAAUGCCGGUGUAUGGUAAACAGAGAAAAUUGCUUACCGUUCGAUUUGGGUUUCGGGAAAAGGCGAUUGCACAUUUUGUAUCCGAUGCGUGUCAGAGAGGUGAAACACUUUGCUGCACACAUGUAAAUACGGAGGGUCAGGCCUGUUUCUAAAGAGUUUUCAGAGAGCAUGGAAUGCUAGCUCUAGGUUAAAAGAAUGCAUUGAGUCUUUUUAGAGGCCGAUUCCGCCGCCGCCGCCCCAUUUGGAUAGAUACCUUUUUUUGUCGUUUGAAUUGUUCAGUGUCUGUUUCCACUUCCUUAGCUAAGUUCUAUGAAUGUUACUGCUCAUCAGAUUUUAUUGGUCAUCCUGAAAGCUUCUCUCGUCAUUAUGAAAUGCUCAUCACAGCCUGUUGCCGACAGUUAUUCCUCCUUGACUGUAAGAAUUGAUGAAAUAUUUGUAAAUAACAAGCUUGGUUUGGGUUUUCAAUGCUACUGAAUUGAUUUAUGCUGUUUACAAGGCAAAUAAAGGUAUUGUCUCUUUGAA